CACUCAUUUACGAGAACAACUUCCUGCCAAUUGACAAGCGCAAGUACCACUGUGUGAACAAGUACCACUGUGUGAACAAGCACCACAGUGUUAACAAGCACCACAGUGUUAACAAGCACCACUGUGUUAACAAGCACCACAGUGUUAACAAGCACCACUGUGUUAACAAGCACCACAGUGUGAACAAGCACCACUGUGUUAACAAGCACCACAGUGUUAACAAGCACCACUGUGUUAACAAGCACCACAGUGUGAACAAGCACCACAGUGUUAACAAGCACCACAGUGUGAACAAGUACCACAGUGUGAACAAGUACCACUGUGUGAACAAGUACCACUGUGUGAACAAGUACCACUGUGUGAACAAGUACCACUGUGUGAACAAGUACCACUGUGUGAACAAGUACCACAGUGUGAACAAGUACCACUGUGUGAACAAGUACCACUGUGUGAACAAGUACCACUGUGUGAACAAGUACCACUGUGUGAACAAGUACCACUGUGUGAACAAGUACCACUGUGUGAACAAGUACCACUGUGUGAACAAGUACCACUGUGUGAACAAGUACCACUGUGUGAACAAGUACCACUGUGUGAACAAGCACCACUGUGUUAACAAGCACCACUAA